AUGACCCGACAGGUUCCCAGCAACGCUCCAUUUCAGCUGCGGUUAGAAGGUGGUUAUUGGAUUAAUAGCGUUAGAAAUGGUAUCAGAAGUUGGAGAGCUGUGACUCUGGUGGAACUGAGGAAUCGGUCAGACACCGGCCAAGCCAACAGAUCACCCCAGACCACCAUCCUGCCAGCCGUGAGAGUUCCUUCAAACUGUCAGAGAAAUUUCAACCUGUUGGCAUUUGACCCUGAUGGAGACGAACUUAAAUGUAGAUAUGGAAACACAGCAGAAGAAUGUAACCCCUGCACACCACCAUCUGUUCUCAGCCUCUCAUCAACUUGUACUCUGUCAUUCAGCCCCACUAAUAGCAUUAAUGAAGGUCCAUACGCUGUACAGCUGAUGAUGGAGGACUUCCCCAGACAGCAAAUCACCCUAAUUCAAACCAACAGUUCACAGGUGGUGAAAACUAUCAAUGACCCUAUCGGCAAAAUACCUAUCCAGUUUGUCUUAAGGGUGGACCCUGUGGUACCAUCCUGCACUGAAGGACUCUAUUUGCCCAAGUUUCUGCCUCCAACCCCUGCCAACAGAGCUCAGCUGUACGCCCCUGUCAAUCAGACCCUGGAGAUCAGCAUCAACGCAGAGGCAAAUAAUUCCAUAAUUUCUGAGCUGCUGUUUAGUGGGCCACACAACACAAACAAGACUUCAUCGGGAGCAGGACAGUUCAUCCUGAGAUGGACACCAUCUGAGAACGAAGACGGAGAAAGCCACCCAAUCUGUUUUGUUGUUCAGGCAAUUUCCAAGUAAGUCACUUGUCUCAUGAAGAUGACUGUUUAAUACUUAAUGUUAAAAAUGUAGAAACACAUAUAAUUCAAAAUUUAAACUGGAUUUCCUGUGGCAAAUGCCUGUGAAGGUUUUCAGUCAUCCAAGGUAUGUCUGAGAAGUGUUGAAUCUGGGGCAGCUGAACUUAGCUGUAGAUUGACCUGUCACCCAAGAGGCUUCUUCGGUUCUGACUGAUUGUAGGGAAACCCAGGUAUAUAACCUUUGUGGAUCAUUAAUAAGGCUAUUGUUUCCACUUGGUUUGUUAGUGCUCCUAAUUGUGAUGACUGUUGUUCCAGUCGUUUAAGACACCUGAGCUCCAGUUUGGACGACAGUUGUUGGAGUCACAUUAGGCUAUGUGUGAAUUGUGGUUUAGUUAGUGGUUUUACCAUCUUUAAUGCAUCCAUGAAAGUAAUAUUUAAAGGAGGACAAUGAGAGAAGAACAGGUUUCCUUCAUUUCCUAAAAUUUCCUAAAAUAAAUUAUUUCCUAUAUGAAAUAAUUAGCAACAUCAUUUUGUAAAAGUGAUAAUGUAUUGAUUUAUUUCCACAGUUCAAGCACAGACCCAACAACAA